CCAUGACUACCCCUACUAUCAAGCUCAGCAGUGGCUUCGACAUGCCCAUUGUGGGCUUUGGUCUGUGGAAGGUGAACAAUGACACUUGCGCAGAUCAGGUCUAUGAGGCCAUUAAGGCGGGGUACCGUCUGUUUGAUGGCGCUUGUGACUACGGCAACGAAGUGGAGGCUGGCCAGGGUGUCGCCCGUGCCAUCAAGGAGGGCAUUGUCAAGCGUGAAGAUCUCUUCAUCGUGUCCAAGCUGUGGAACAGCUUCCAUGAUGGUGAGCGCGUGGAGCCCAUCUGCCGCAAGCAGCUGGCCGACUGGGGUGUCGACUACUUUGACCUGUACUUGGUGCACUUCCCCAUCUCGCUCAAGUAUGUUGACCCAUCCGUCCGCUACCCACCCAGUUGGAUGUCGGAGGAUGGCAAGCUGGAGCUCGGCAAGGCUACGAUCCAGGAGACCUGGACGGCGAUGGAGUCGCUGGUCGACAAGUCGUUCGCGCGUAGCAUUGGCAUCAGCAACUUCAGCGCCCAGCUGCUGAUGGAUCUUUUGCGCUAUGCUCGCAUCCGCCCCGCCACCCUUCAGAUCGAACAUCACCCUUACCUCACACAGACCAACCUGGUCAAGUAUGCCCAGUCGGAGGGCAUGGCCAUCACUGCCUAUUCUUCCUUUGGCCCUCUGAGCUUCCUCGAGCUCAAGGUGAAGAACGCGGAGAACUCGCCUCCUCUUUUCGAGCACAGCGUCAUCAAGAGCCUCGCCGAUAAGUACGGCAAGACUCCGGCCCAGAUCCUCCUGCGCUGGGCCACCCAACGCGGUAUUGCCGUUAUCCCCAAGAGCAACAACCCUACCCGUCUCGCGCAGAACCUGGAUGUCACUGGAUUUGACCUCGAGGCUGGUGAGCUGGAUUCGAUCAGCGCUCUGGACCAGAACCUGCGCUUCAACGACCCUCUUGGCUACGACCUGUACGUUCCUAUCUUCUAAACAUGGGAAAAGCUGGGGGUUGUCGGUUGUAGAAUACGCAUGAAAUACCACCAUAUUGAUGAUUAUAGCUAUGACAAUGCAAUUGAAAUAGAUUCAUUUUUA